GUUGCCGCAUGGCUCGGUGGAUACGCCGGUGUUUAUGCCAGUUGGGACGCAGGGGACGAUGAAGGGGCUGUUGCCCGAGCAACUCGCGGAACUGGGUUGCCGCUUGUUGCUUUGCAAUACGUAUCAUCUGGGUCACAGGCCUGGCCAUCAAGUCGUUCGCAGGGCUGGCGGUUUGCAUUCGUUCAUUAAUUGGCCGUUUGCAAUCCUCACGGAUUCCGGAGGCUUCCAGAUGGUUUCGUUGAACGAGUUGAUGGAUGUGGAUGAGGAAGGGGUUACUUUUAAGAGUCCGCACACCGGCGAAGAAACUCUCUUAACUCCUGAGGCGAGCAUUCGGAUACAGGCAAGCUUUCCACACUGCAUCACUGGUUUGUUGCAGGAGAAUUUGGGCGCUGAUAUUGCGAUGCAGUUGGAUCACGUGGUACACGUGCUUACCGAGGGGCCGGUCGUCGAAGACGCGAUGGAACGCUCGAUCAGGUGGCUGAUGCGUUGUCGGGCGGCACAUACUCGAGCCGACCAAACUUUGUUCCCAAUUGUACAAGGUGGCUUGGACACUUCGCUUCGCAAGAAAUGUGCUGUGGCAAUGGCCCAGUUAACGGAGUCGGGCAUUGCGAUUGGUGGCCUAAGCGGUGGAGAGGAUAAGAAUGCUUUCUGGCGGAUUGUUGCUUGCUGUUGCGAUAAUUUACCGGGACAUUUACCUCGAUAUGUUAUGGGCGUUGGAUGGCCUAUCGACCUGGUAAUUUGUUCAUUGCUGGGCGCUGACAUGUUCGACUGCGUCUAUCCAACACGUACUGCAAGGUUUGGCACAGCGAUCGUACGGCACGGUGGCAUGCUACAUCUGAGUCGAAAAGAGUUCGAAGAGGAUUUCCGACCCAUUGACGAAUGUUGCGGCUGUCAUUCCUGUAAGACUUACACUCGGGCAUAUAUCCACUCCAUAUUGAAUCAGGAAACUGUAGCAUGCCAUAUCAUAUCAGUGCACAAUCUGCAACACCACAUGGAUCUAAUGCGCCGGGUACGCACUGCGAUACAGGCAAAACAAGUUCAGCACUUUUUAAGUGAGUUUUUAUUGGAGCAGUUUCCGGAUGGCACGGUCCCGCAGUGGGUUUGCGAUGCACUUACUCACAUGGGGUACAAAAUUUGAGC